GACAUCUUCCCUCGCUCGCGAAGCUGAUGAAUCCACGAAAAUCGUAUUCAUUGAGUUGGAGAAAGCGCAGUGCCCUACCAUUAGCAGCAAGCGUGUUUCUCCUGUCCGGUAUAUUUGUAGUGAAAAAGAUCCCUGUCUGAGGCAUAAUUUCACGGUUUUCGUUAAAAAUCGCUCUAGGAAAUCAAUCACCUGCGGUGCGCCACCAGUAGAAGAAGAAGCAACACCGAAAAACCCUGCUGUCAGACUUCCACACGACGACGAAAAACGGCGCUGCUGAGAGCGGUUGAGGUUAGACCCAAAUCCCGUUCAUUCGUUCGUUCGUCGCACUGUUGCUGCUGCUGCCUCUCUCUCGUGUCGAUGUUUAUCUAGCAGCUGUCAGAAUUUGAAAUUGGAACUGUUUCGUGUCACAGUGAAACUGUGCUGGGUUAUUAGUUUACAGGAUAUUGAGUAUGGCAUCACCACCUGAUCAGGUGGAAAUAUUGAGGGGACGUGAUCUUACGCGGAUUUUCCAGCUAUGGGAGGAGAGGCACAGUACCUCCGGAUAUGAUCCGGAGCCAAUUGUGACAAGAUUAGCGGAAAUCUUCGAGGAGGAAACCGAGGUGUACAUGCGCAAAGAUCCGGACCCUUUCGAUGAGCGACACCCGUCCCGAACCGAUCCAAACAGUGAGCUCGGUCGGAUGUUGAAAACUUUGUUUCGAAAGGAUCACUUUAUGACCCGGCUGGUGAACGAUUACUUGCGGGAUAAUUUCUUCACGAGACAGAAUGUGCAACAAUGUUCGCAACCGCUCAACAUCGCCGCCUGUCGGCUUAUUCUGGUUAUCAUGCCCGGACUGGAGACAUCGGCUGUGUUCCAGGCUGAAUUCGAUCAUUUGAUUAACAGACUCUACGGAUGGGCAGAAUCGAGUCCCGAACCGCUGCAAAGUUACGCCACGGGACUGUUGGGAGCGGCAAUGGAAGUGCAGGAGAUUGCUGUCAGUUUCAGGGAGCAAAAUAUUCGACUGUUGCCAAUAAUGCUGCGCCGAUUGCAUGUCCUUCAGUUGGCCCACCGGAAUCGUGAUCGGCUGCUAGAGGCUGGGGAAGGCACCAGUAGUACCGCCUUCCAGCGAAUGUUCCAAGGAGAGUCGACCUCAAUUUCACAGCAAUCAUCGCCUGUGAAGACGCGGGACGAGGCUCCGAUGGAGGAUGAAGAAAACAGCGCGGAUGCGGAAAGACCAUUUGCCCACUUGGGUGCCACAGAGACUGUCACCGCGCCAUCAAACGGAGCUUCGCCAGAGUCGAAUCUGAAUUUAUUGUUCCAAAAUGAAAACAGUCAAAACACACAGGAUAAUGGGCAAGGUCGAACUUCCCAUCGGAACAUGAUUCCGAUCUUUCCGGCCACGAUCGCAACCAGCCAAAUGUUGAUUCUGCGGUACCUUACCCCGAUGGGAGAGUAUCAGGAGUUUCUUCCGCACGUCUUCGAGCACAACGCCAUGAGCCUAAUUUUUCGAUAUAUCGAAAAUUUGGAAGCCAAAGAUACCUGUUUGGCGUUCGAAGCCCUCAAAUAUCUCGCAUCGCUCCUUUGUCACAAAAAGUUUUCGCUGGAAUUCAUUGCAAACGGGGGGUUGGAACGUCUGCUAAAGGUUCCCAGACCAAGCCUCGCUGCCACCGGAGUUUCGAUCGCAUUCUACUAUCUAGCCUAUUGCGAGGAUGCGAUGGAACGGAUCUGUUUGAUGCCACAGAAGAUAAUCACCGAAUUGGUCACCUAUGCCCUUUGGCUCUUGGGUUGUUCUCACGAUUCUGGCCGUUGUCACGCGACAAUGUUCUUCGGUCUCAGUUGCCAAUUCAAAACCAUGAUGGAUGAAUUCGAUAAGCAGGAUGGACUUCGGAAAAUGUACAACGUGAUAUCGGUGCUUCCAAUUUUGCUGCCGGCGGACGAUUACAACCUCAAUGACGACGAGGAGUGCGCCGCACGCCAGGUGGUACGCCACGUGUGCGUUGCGUUGAAAAAGUAUUUCGAAAAUCAUCUUUACUACAAAUACAGCCAGGUCACGCGACAGCAGUGCCCCACAGGAACACUCGCGCAGCCGGUUUUUAAGUCGGUCAAAAACUCCCCCGAGGUAAUAAGCGAUCAGAUCAAAACGCUGCAAGAGUUGCUGCCGAUGAAGGCACGCUGGUCGCCGGUGGACGAGUUCCUCGAUUUGGGAGGGGUGAAUCUACUUUUGCGUAUCAUUGCGUUGGCUUACGAGUGGAACUAUAGUGGACGUUCUUGCAGUGCCGAGACGGUGCGAGCCGCACUGGAUGUACUCAACAUCUGCUGUGUUAUCCCCCGGGUGCACGCAAUGUUUUGCGAGAGGAUUGAUUUCCCGGACGAGGGAUCAGCCGCGGGGAUUAAUAUUGUGUUGGGAGCUGCGGAGGGAGAGAUCGUUGCCGACGCGGAAGUGCAGAAAUCAGCACUAGCGGUGCUGGUUCACACGGUUUGUGCCCCCAUUCAUCGACCCAGCGGAUCGCUAGCUCGCUUUGGUUCGGCGAAAAAACGAAUGCCGAACAAGAACUCGGAAGAGCUGCUGCAGAAAGUGUGGGAAUCCGUGCGAUCAAACAACGGUAUCAUCGUGCUGCUGUCGCUGAUGUGUGUGAAGACACCGAUCACGGAUGCGGACUGCAUCCGUGGGAUGGCCUGCCGGGCGCUCGCUGGACUGGCCAGGUCUGAAACGGUGCAACAGAUCAUAGGCAAAUUGCCACUGUUCGUUAACGGGCAACUGCAGAGUCUCAUGCGGGAUCCGAUUCUGCAGGAAAAACGCGCUGAGCAUGUUCAGUUCCAGAAGUACGCUCUGGAGUUGAUGGAGCGCGUCUCGGGGAAAGCUAAAACGUUCAACAAUCAGCUGGACACUUCGCUGGCAGAUAUUCACAAGGCGAACGUGGUAGCCCAGACAAAGAUUCAAUUCAACGAGCAACAGUUGUACCAACUGAUAUAUCAGCACCUGAUGGCGCGGGGUUUGUCCGAAACUGCCACCAAUCUGGUUAAGGAAAGUGGCAUUUCGGUUCCCAUUAGCCACCAACAGCAUCAUCAACACCAGCAGGUAUCCAGCAUAAGUCGAAAUCUGCACCACUCGCCCUUCGCCUUUCGGUCACCUAGUGCAACCAUUAUACAGCGGUCGAGAAUUCGUAGUAAAGCAUCCGAGCCCAGCUUCAAUCAUUCAAUGGCACAGGCAAACCUGCAAGCCGCUCUGGCUGCCGCCAGUAUAGAGGCAAGCUCGUUGGCAGCGGGAAGCACCAACAGCGAUUUGCAAGCCAUAAAAAUGGACACCCCCAUCGGUGCCGGAGCUACGUUAGCUUCCGAUGCCACCACGGAACCGUUCACUCCGAUAAAACUAAUCAAAAAAACUAAUACGAGUAGUGCCAGUGCGGGAGGGGCCGCUGGUAGUAGUUCUUCGCACGGUAAUAGCAUCAAUAUAAACACUCCCUUCUCAUCCUCCUCUAGCAAUCAGCGGUCUCUGCAAAAGCAGAUCUCCGCCACCGUCGAUACGGCGUCGUUUCUUGUCCCUGCUUCCACGUCUUCCAAAACGACAACGACAGACGGUCCAAGUAGUACGGUAACUCUCGAUACGAUAAUAACGGAGUACCUCACCAAUCAGCACGCACUCUGCAAGCAUCCAAUGUCCACCUGUCCCCAGUUCGAUUUGUUUGUUCCGCACAAAUGUCCUGAUCCCAGGCCGAAUAGAGCCUCCGGGAUGAGUACAAACUUUGCGGCGCGCUUCUUCAAACGCCACGCCGGUUACUCAUCCGAGCGGUUCGACAGAAGGUUGGUUCACUCGAACUUUUCCGCUUCGCGAGUGUUGCGUCCGCAGGACUCGGAGUUCUUCUUCACGUGUUGCUAUUUCACGCCAUGUGCGACGAAGCUCAUCACGGGGUCACACAGCGGAGAGGUGAAAAUCUUCAAUCUCAGCGAUAGCAACGAGGAAUACAACUAUUCCUGCCACGAGUCGUACGUCAAUUCCAUCAAGUGUAGUAAAGACGGUCAGCUGCUGUUGACGUCAUGCGCGUGGCGGUCACCAAUGACGGCUUUGUGGAAUAUCGAGAACAAUCGAUUCUCACAGAAGCUCCAAUGGGACGAAGAGGAAUACAUGGAGUUCCCGAACAUAAAACAGGAUAAAGUGCUCGCAACCACCGGGGAGGUUGCCACAAUCUAUGACAUAAACACAGGACAGAAGACACUGUCGCUGGUGCCAAACAUCUACAAUCAGUACACCAAAAAUCGCGCCACUUUUUGCCCCUCGGACGAGCUGGUUCUGUCGGAUGGCGUCCUGUGGGAUGUGACCUCGGGCAAGGAAAUCCACAAGUUUGAUAAACUAAAUCAAACCAUCUCGGGUGUGUUCCACCCGAACGGGUUGGAAAUAGUGUCCAAUACGGAAGUGUGGGAUCUACGGACAUUCCAUCUGUUGCGAACUGUGCCGGCGUUAGACCAGUGCUAUGUGAGUUUCUCCCCGCAGAAUGUGAUAUACGGUAUUUGUCCGGAGGUGGAAACCGAGCCAAAUUCGGACAAUGUGUUUUUCGAGUCUAGCUUUAAGGUGCUAGAUGGGUAUAACUACUCGAGCAUUUCGACGGUGGACGUGAAGCGCAACAUUUACGAUCUGGCGAUCAAUUUGUACGGAAGCCAGAUUGCGAUAGUGGAGAAUCAGGGUGGUUUCAACUCGGUGCAGGAAUCGGUGGUUCGGAUAUACAGUGUCGGGCGGAAGAAGAACACCGAAGAUGAUGCCGAGGAAGAGGAAGAGGAGAUGGAGAAUUCAGAGGACAACUCGAUGUCGGAGACGGAAUCUGUCGUUUUUCACGGCGCACGCGGAGAGAACGGCGGCCAGCGUCGUCGGCGGAGACGGGGGAUGCGUAUCAAUGUACUCGAUGAUGAUGAUAUCUUUCAACCAGGUUCCUCCUCGUCCAGCGAGGACGACGACGAUGACGACGAUAUGGAUGAUAACGAUGACGAUGGUGACAACGGGGAGAACGACGAUAACGAGGAUAACGAUGGCGGCGAAGACGACGGUGCCAACAACAACGAGGACGAUGGCGAAGAGGAUGCUUCCUCGUGGACCACCACUUCAGAUUUGGAGGACUUUUUGCUGUUAUAAAUGGAAAAGAGGUCCCGUUUCGGAAUACAAGGUCGCUUGAAUCAAUUUCGCACUGCGUCUAUUUGUACCAUUAUGUAGAUAUGCCAUGGAGGAAGGGAACGAUAACUGUCCAUGUAGCGUAAGAGCUUUAGGUUUGAAAAUUGCAGAUCCACGUCAUGCGGUAAUACAUGAGGUAUAUAAUCGUUUAGUUCAGGUACAAUAAAAGGGAUGUUCCAGUACUUGCAGGUUCCGCACAGAAUGUAGCAAUUGUAGGAUAAUGGAAGUAUGGGAAGAGACCUGAAUGUGUAACAUUAUAACGAAAGAAUCAGCGGUUGCAGAUUUUAAACGUUCGACAUUGUAAUGGAGUUAUAUGUUAACAGUUAGUUAAUGUUGCGUUUACACUAGAUACUAUAAAAAUUGGCUGCUCGUCUCGUCUCGUUGUGGAAUAAAUCGCGAAAAACCA